GCUUGGGGGCGGCCCGGGCUGGGGGUUGGCGGCAUGUCGGAGGAGGAUGUCUCUCGCGAAGCGGCCGGCUAGAAGUCUGGGUACCACUCUCCGCCUCCUCCAGACCCCGGAGAGAGACGGGAUGAGGCUGGUGUCAAAGAUCAAGGUCCCCUGCGCCCUGGACACAGGCGGUCCAGAGUCCUAGGCCGCCUCCAGGCUGGCCACGGGGAGCGACUAAAUUCCAACUGCGCCAUCAGGCAGCUCCUCUCGUGACCAGAGGGGGUCCCAGUCACCAUGCAGGACCCACAUCCGGGGGAGACGGUGGAGGAGCCGGAUUCAGCCAAGGAGAAGAGUCCCCGCAGUCCUGGCAACGACCUCUGCCACCUGGGGGCCCUGCAGUGUACCCACUGCCUCAUCACCUUCGCCGAUUCCAAGUUCCAGGAGCGCCACAUGAAGCGGGAGCACCCAGCGGAUUUCGUGGCCCAGAAGCUGCAGGGAACCCUCUUCAUCUGCUUCACUUGUGCGCGUUCCUUCCCCUCCUCCAAGGCCCUGAUUGCCCACCAGCGCGGGCAUGGGCCAGGCACCAGGCCUUCGGCGGGGGCACCUCUCAGUGCCCAGUCCACCUUCCCCUGCCCUGACUGUGGCAAGACCUUCGGGCAGGCAGCAUCUCUGAGGCGCCACCGCCAGGCGCAUGAGGCCCGUGCCCCUCCGGGUCCCUUUGCCUGCACUGAGUGUGGGCAAGAUUUUGCCCAGGAAGCCGGGUUGCAUCAGCACUACAUCCGGCAUGCCCGGGGGGAGCUCUGAAUGCCCCAGGGGAAGGUGGGGACCUGCCCUAUGAGGAUGCGGGAGGGAUCUGGAUUUGCAUGGGGCUCCUGAGAAACAGCCGACUCAGGACCAGAGAGGCUUUCAGGGCUUCUGUGUUUUUGGAGUACACGAAGGCCUGCAGGGAAAUGGGGAGAUGAGAUGAGAAGAUCUUUGACUUAAAAAUAUUAUUUGCAACUCUUUCCCCAUUAUGUUGUUCAAACUCACACAAGUUGCAAAUUUACCUUUAAUUCCAGCUAGAUGGGUGCCAAGGGCUGUUGAGACAAAUUAUCUGGGGUUGGUGCCCUCACAGGGCAGGUAAGGUGAGGUGUUGCUGGUCUGUGAUGCCACCACCUGGGGCCCUUAACACUGCUGGGUAUGGCCAAAACGAAACUGUCAAAAUUUGCGUACCAUUUUGAUUACGAGAUAUUUUUUCUGUGUGCAGGUGAGAUGGCAUGGAUAAGCUAAUGGAAAUUGUAUCUAAAGCUGAAAAGGAAUAAAUAUAUAAAUAAUUGCCAAUGGUCAGUGAGCUACUAAGACAACAUUGAACCACGCUGAGAACUACUGUGGAUGUUUGGCAUUUUAUAUAAUUAGAACUAAACACAAUAAUAAAGUUGAGAUGUGUAUGUA